AUGGCGGGCAAUGGCAUUAGCGCGGCGGCGAGCGGCAAUGGCAAAGCCAAGGUGGUUAUUGUGAUGGGCGCCACGGCCACCGGCAAGUCCAAGCUGGCCGUCGCCCUCGCGCUGCGGUUCGACGGCGAGGUCGUCAACUCGGACAAGAUCCAGGUCCACGACGGCCUCGCCGUGGUCACCAACAAGGCCACCGCCCGCGAGCAAGCCGGGGUGCCGCACCACCUGAUCGGCGGGGUGCACCCCGACGCCGACUACGCCGCUGCGGACUUCCGGCGCGACGCCACGCGCGCCGUGGAGUCGAUCCUCUCGAGGGGCCGCCUGCCGAUCAUCGCCGGCGGGUCCAACAGCUACCUCGAGGCGCUGCUGGACGGCGAGCCGGGAUUCCGCCGGCGGUACGAAUGUUGCUUCCUCUGGGUGGACGCCGACACGUCGGUGCUGGAACGGUACGUCGGCGACCGCGUCGACUGCAUGGUGGAGCAAGGGCUCGUCGGCGAGGUGCGGGAGUUUUUCCGGACGGACGCGGGCUACUCCCGUGGGAUCAGGAGGGCCAUAGGCGUGCCGGAGAUGGACACCUACUUCCGGAUGGAGGCCGCCGGUGCGCUGGACGGAGACGACGAACUACGGGCCGGGCUCCUCGAGGCCGCUGUCGAACAGAUCAAGGAGAACACAUGCAGGCUGGUGUGCAGUCAGCUCCGGAAGAUCCACCGGCUACGAUGCCUGCCUGGGUGGAGCAUCCGCCGCCUUGAUGUCACCAGGGUGCUUUCGCUCAAGGUCGGGAAGGCCAAGGACGAGGAAGCGGAGCGCACCCUGUGGGAGUCGGAUGUCGUCGGGCCUGCCGCGCGCGUCGUUGAGACGUUUCUUCACUCUCUUGGAGGGAUGGUGGCCGAGGUGAGUAGGGAUGGGAAGGAGCAAAGCACGGUGGCGAAGCAUGCAGCCGUCGUCGCCGGGAUCGUCGAAGCGGCCGAGAGGUGCGGUCUGCAGCUACUCGAGACUGGGCCGUCCCGUGGGAUCCAUCCAAGGAAAGCGGCAUCAGCAGUUUGA